AUGAAUGCUGUUAAACGUUUUAAUGUAUUCGACGUGAUGAAGUUAAAGUCAAGCCAACCAGAUGAGGUAACUUGGGACGGAUGGUUAAAGGAAUUGACAGUCCCUUGGCGACUUUUAUCAUUCUUUUCAAAAGCCUUCAAGCGAAAUGAGUUUGUUGGUCAAAUGUUCAGUGUCGAGGGAGAAAAUGACCGAGUUAAUCUUUACAAAAAGAGAAAGAACGACAAGCAUGAACCUUUAACAGAUCCCAAAUGA